CAGGCACAUGAUACUGCAGAGCUUCACAAUCAGAAGUAAAAUCAGCUGGACAGUUGCCUCCUGCUUUCCUAAAUAGGGAGAAAGUGGGUUUACUGGUGUGGAUGCUUGCCUUAUUUAUUUCACCAAAAUGAGAUAGGGCAUGUAGGAGAGAAGGGAGAUUUUUGCAAGUAGAGCCUACCAUGAUUUCUCAGGGGACAAAAUUUUGCUUAUUCAUACCUUCUACUGUGGCAAAAAUGGAUUAUUUUCCUCACCAAAAACCAGCAGCAUAACGCGCAUCUGACACAUGCCUCAAGGAACUCUUACUUAAAGUCUGUUCACAAUGGAUGCCUUCUAGCCAACCAGCAAGUCCUACUGCUGCUGCGUGUCUGGCAGCAUCUCUGAAUGAUCACAUGACUCUUGAUAUGGAUGCAGUCCUGUCAGACUUUGUUCGGUCCACAGGGGCAGAGCCAGGUCUGGCAAGAGACUUACUGGAAGGCAAAAAUUGGGACUUGACAGCAGCUUUGAGUGACUAUGAGCAGCUCCGGCAGGUACACACAGCCAACCUGCCACAGGUGUUCAAUGAGGGCAAAUACUACAAGCAGCAGGAGCCAGAGCAGCCUCCCCAGGUGACGAAGGCUGAGCGACCCUGCCUGCAAAGGCAGGAUGACAUUGCUCAAGAAAAGCGUCUUUCCAGAGGUAUUUCUCAUGCCAGCUCAGCCAUAGUCUCCCUUGCUCGAUCACAUGUAGCAAAUGAGUGCAGCAAUGAACAGUUUCCUUUGGAGAUGCCCAUCUACACAUUCCAACUACCAGACCUUAGCGUGUACAGUGAAGAUUUCAGAAGCUUCAUUGAACGUGAUUUAAUUGAGCAGGCAACGAUGGUUGCUUUGGAGCAAGCAGGACGACUAAAUUGGUGGUCCACAGUGUGUACAAGCUGCAAACGUCUUCUUCCCUUGGCUACAACAGGUGAUGGAAACUGCCUCUUGCAUGCUGCAUCUUUAGGGAUGUGGGGAUUUCAUGACCGGGACCUUGUUUUACGUAAAGCACUCUAUACUAUGAUGAGAAGUGGAGCUGAAAGGGAAGCACUGAAAAGAAGAUGGAGAUGGCAACAGACCCAGCAGAAUAAGGAGUCAGGAUUAGUGUAUACAGAAGACGAAUGGGAACGGGAGUGGAAUGAACUGCUUAAACUGGCAUCCAGUGAGCCUCGUACACAUUUCAGCAAAAAUGGAGGCACUGGUGGUGG